GCUCAAACACAGGGAGGACAAAUGAGGGUCUUCAUCUGCCAUGAGGGGUUCAGAGAGCUUUUUGACAUCUCUCCACAUUUUACUGUUGGAGCCUUGAAGGAAAUGGUGAAGGAUAGCUUUCUUGUGACGCUCUCCAGUGACGAGCAGAUCCGACAGUACUUGGAGCUGAACUACGGUGGGGCAGCACUGCAGGACAGCUGGGCUUUGUGUGAUAUAGGCAUCCGAAGUGGCAGUACCAUCCGAUGCCUGAUAAAGAGUGAAGCAAGGCCUAAGAUGCAUGUGUUCAACACUGUGACAGGAGAAACCUUACCAAUCGUAGGAAAUGAGUGUUUGCUUCAUACAUCUGUUGCCAAACUGAAAACCAUUGUGUCAGUGCAAAGCGGCCUUCCCGUCAGCACGUUCUGGCUCAGCACAGCUGCUGGGGUUCAACUCUAUGACUGCAACUGGCUUAAAGACUAUGGCAUUGAAAUGGGCACAAUUCUCUGUUUGAAGAUGUGGGACGGGUGGUUGGAGUUCCUUCAGGACUGCCUCAGAGGCAACAGAUUCACUGUUCAGAAACACCUUUCAGAGGAGAAACCAGUGUUAAGGUUUCAACUGCAGGUGGCGUUGUAUAUUGCUGCCUCUUCAGGACACCUAGACUUAGCAAGCUGGUUGCUGGAAAGAGGUGCAUCUGCAGAGGAACCAGUGGGGGUUCAUCCGUACCGCCAGUGGUGCCAACAGACCGCCCACCCCGACACCAGAAGGUGCCCCGUUCACGUAGCUGCAGAGAGCAAUCAGCUCCUCAUUCUAAAACUCUUUGUUACCAGGAACCCUUUAACCUUGGUUUGUCUGGACCCUGCAGGUCAUGACUCCUUGAAAAUUGCCAUUCAUCAUGGCCACAGCGACUGUGCACGCUUUUUAGCCAUCAAGCUGUGCUCAGUUGUGUCUUUUCCAAGUAUAACUCUGCCCAUGCGUAUCUACCUCCAGAUAAAAUACUGGAUACGUUUGGGGAAAAAGAGAGCAGCUUCUAGUUGGUCCCAAUACACAUGUACAGCAUUCAAAGUCAGACUGAGGAACAUAUUGAUGGUAGAUGGCUUCAACGAGCCGAGGCCGCCUUACAAAACCAAGGAAGUUGAGAGUAAAUUAAGACGUGAUAUGAAAGCCAAAGCAAUGUCACUUUUACCACCUAUCAGCAACCUGCAAUCAAUAUCUGACAUCCCCUCCAAAAGGGCAACACACACAUCACCCUGUCUGCAGUCUGAUAAAAUGAUGCAGAAAAGGCUGCAUAAGAAUAAGAGGAGAGGUGGCCUAAUGGAUGAAAUCAAAGAUGGAAGUAGCAGCCUUUGCAAUAGGAAGUUUGUACUUCCAGCACUCAGCAGGGAAAAAAUUCCCAGGCAGUUUGCUGGAACAUCUGUGAAAUCCUUGCAUAUUUUGAAUGCAUCUCUGGAGUCUUCUGACCAGUCUGGACUGACGUCGAGAGAGAAUGCCGUAUACUGCCUGACCAUCGCCAGGUUUGUGCACUUCAGACGGUAAAUGUUCUCAUGCAGCUUCAUGGUAUUAAUUGCUGCUAUGAAUUUCUUGUUGUUAUAGUACCUUUACGGAGAAACCGUGGAUGAAUCAAUUAAACAUAGCACGGACUUUGGUCAAGAAGAAUCUCCGCUGACGACCCAAUACUCAUGAACCCGGCUGUAUCGAACAGUCCAGCUGCUGUGGAUCUCCCAUCACUUGCCUGAAUCUCCACGGAAGACAAACAUUUCUGACAACUGAAGAGUAUAUCUCACGCUUUACUGCAUUACUGAAAAUCAAACCAUCUUGUCCUCAUGUGUGGCAAGGAAAAUAAAAAAAUACUUUGAAACCAACUUUAUGUGAAGACCAAGUCCAAAUAAGAAACUGGGCUUGUAGAUACUGCUUAUACUGCUUAUCGUAAAGUUAAGGGCACUAACAUACAAUAUGUUUUGUACAAUUUAUGUGCUUAUUGAAAAAAAGAAAAACAGGAUUAGACAACAAAUUCAAUGACUAUGAACUUUAAUUACAUUCUACACACACAAGUUAGACUAAAUGUUUUGUCAAAUAAACCUAUCACCCUAAUAAGGAAAUUGUA